AUGGAGUGCCUCCUUGACCAUGACGUCGUCGAUACAGCGUGGGCUGACGGCAAUGCGCUCUACGAAGCCGCCACCAAAACCACGCGCCAGCACGCCGACAUUGUCAAGCGGUUGCUCUCGCUGCCUGUUGUCGAUGCUGAAACGUACCUUGGGCGGCUCCGCGGCGAUGGAUCAACACCGACACUGCUCCAUUAUGUCGCUCGGUCGCCGUACGCGCAAGGCGUCAUCGACUGCUUGCUCGAUCGAUAUCAUGCCGAGAUUGACGUGCGCCGGGAAGAAAUUGCGCAGUGGGCACUGCCGUUGCCGCCCCUACCGCCAGUACCCGCCGACGACGACGAUGCUGACGCCAACGUCACCGGCGCCGUGUCGACCACGACGACGAGACGUCCACACGAGGCAGAGGCCACGGUGACGCCGACCGACGAGGUAUUGAAGCUCGAGACCACAGGCGUUCACACGUCGCUGGUGGACACCAUCGAUGGCUACCACGGCCGUGCGUGCACCUGUCGCAAUCGUUUGACUGCUUUUGCGCCGCAGCUGCGUCUCCGCGCCGCGUUGUUUUCGUGGAUGGAGCACUGGCGUCGUGGAGCGGCCGUGACAACUGUUUUAAAGGCGUGGCAAAUGUGGGCCACGACACCGACGGUGAUGCCCAGCAGCUUCUCGACGCCUGCGCACGUCAAGCUCCGGCUGUUUGUGUUGCAUUGGCGGGACGCUCGCGUCGUCUGGGCGUUCUACGCCUGGAAACACAAACAUCGAGGACCGACGUAG